UCCGAAGCAACUGCUUUAAAACAAAUAGCCAUCCCACUCUCUCUGAGGCUUCAGAUGUUUUGGCAGCUAGCGGCUGGAAGUGUUGGAAGGAACAGGAACAGGACCAGACACACACUCUCACACACACAGAAUGACAGCGGUCGGGGAGCUGGUUCUUUUGCUGGGGCUGCUGCUGGCAGCUCACUGCGAUGUGCGGGCCAGGGACCCCGAGCUGGAGGAAGAGGAGGAGGAGGCCACGGCAGGGGACUCCUACGGGGGACGGGCCAGCUGGGACCGGGGGGUCCCUUUCACAGGGGGGUAUGGGGGGCACCACCACAACACCCACCACCCCACCAGGGGGCAUGGACCGGUGGAUCUCCCCGGGGGAGCGCGCCAUCAUCCCAGGGACCAGCGGCAGGCUCACGCCAUGGGCCACGGGCAGCAGCACGCCCAGGAGGACACGCCCGCAGGGGAUGGGGGAACCGGGCCCCAGGGCAUCCCGGCCCGCACCGGGAACUGGUGUGCGUAUGUGCAGCGGCGCGUGAUCACCAUGGCCGUGUCCUGUGGGAUGGAGAAGUACACCAUCAAGUCCCAGAGCCCCUGCCCCAGCGGUACCCCCGACUGCCAGAUCAUUCUGUAUAAGAUGUCCACACGGCCGGUGUACCGGGAGAAGCAGAAGAUUUUCACAGCCUUACUAUGGCGCUGCUGCCCUGGCCAUGGGGGAGAGAGAUGUGAAGACUCAGUUCCAGAGGACCAUGUCGCUGAUCCUCAGUCGCCCACCGUGGCAGGAAGAACCCAUCCAGGAGAAUGGACCACUGUUCACCAUCCAGGAGCGCAAGGACAACCACAACUUAUCAGUGACCCGAACUGGGAACAGAAUGACUUUGAGGUGUCGGGCAGUGAGCUGUAUGAGGCCCGCGGGACACCAGCGGAGAACGACACGUCUGCGGACCUCACCUACGACUACCCACACAGCCACCAAGACCACGCAGACCAUAACCACAGUCAACAUGCCUAUGAUCAAGGAGGUCCCGUAGAUGUGAACCUACCUCUUCCCAACUCUCCUGGCCUUUUGGCCCUACCUCACUUAGUUUCCGUGAUCAUGGCCCAGCUCCAGCCGACCUUGGACGGCUUCAACCACCAACUGGACCGCCUCUCCCAGGAGGUGGGGGGCCUGUCCCGCGACGUGGCCACCCUCAAGCUCCAACAAGAGGAGAGGGGAAGAGGGGACCGCGAUCGUGAAACCCUGAGCCAAGGAGUUGUGGAGACGCAAGAGGGGCCGGAGGGGCAGGAGUACCCAACGAGUCGCUAUGAGUUCCUGGAGGGGAAGCUGGAGGAGAGCUUCCAACAGAUCGAGGAGCUGCAGAGGCAGUUGGACGAGAGGCUGCAUUCCCAGCAUGCCAUGCUUCACUACAACCUGACCAUCUUCAAGACGGACGUCGAUGCCAAGGUCAAGCGACAGCAGAAGAAUUUACAGCUGAAUCUUCAGGCCUUGAACUCGUCUAUCCUAGAGCUGAGGCAGAGCCAGGAACACCUAGAGGAGGAAAUCCAGCGAUCCUGGGACACACCCAUUGAAGGACCCAUCAUCCCCGCUCAGAGCCAACCGACCAGCAUGGACACGUCCCACAUCUGGGAUGCCAUCGCCCGUCUGGACGAGAAAGUGGUGAAUAACACGGUGAGGGUGGACGCUUUAAGCGAGGGGCUCCGGGUGACGGACGAGGGCAUCACCAACCUGCAGAGCGUCCUGCAGGGGCUGGACGAGAAGAUCGUCGACACUGGCCGCCAGAGCCAGAUCCAGUUCAUGGAGACAGGUCUUGAGGUGGACGCGGCACGGGCGGUAGUGCUCCAGCGGGUGGAUGAGCUGGCCAACAACCUGACCCUCCAGGGCGAACAGCUGCAGGAUGUGGACAACGACAUGGACUAUUUGUUCAAGCGCCUCUACGCUAACGCCAGCUCAGGCGGCGGUGGCUGCAACUGCCAGGCCUCGCUCUCCAAAUUGCAAGAGGCCAUUGCCAGCGUCAACACGAUAGCCAACAAGAACCAGAUGGCCCUGGAGAAGGACGCACAGUCCAAGCCAGAGGGCUGGAAUGACUGGAUGCCAUCCGUGCAGGACCUCAAGCAAGGACUGAGUUAUGUGCAAAACGCGCUGGCCUUUGAGCAGGAGAGAACCCGGGCCCUAAAUUUCAACGUGUCCGUGCUGCAGGCCUCGCUCGUGGCCAGCCAGCAGGACAUCCAGGCCCUCCAGAACAAGGAGGAUAGGAAGGAGGCUGAGGUCCAGCGCCUCCAAAGCUCCUUCGACUCCGUGCUGAUGGACGCCACCCGCCACGCCGAGGUCCUGGAGGUGGUGCUGGGCAUGGAGGUGCUUGAUUUUUCGAAGUUGCCCAUGGACAAGCAGAUGGAAAACUCCAUGCCGGCGACUAGGAAGUUGAUCCAGGAUUUGAAGAAGCAGCUUGCGUCGGCUUCGGAGUCCGAGGCAGCAGAUGAGCCCGGCCGAGUGCUGACUGACUGGGAAAUGCAAGGACUUGCCAAGAAAAGUGGAGACAAAGAUUUGAAACAAAUCCUAUAUGAUGAGCCAGAGGAUGGACAAGAUUACUCUGACAGUGACUUUUGGAGUCUGGACAAGGCCGUGGAGGAACUUGCCAUUCGGGUGAAGAGCAUUGAAGGGCGAUCCUGCCCUGCUUCCUGCUGCAACUGCACCAAGGACACCACCCCCAGUGGUGUGGAGGGGAAACUGCAGGCAGAGGUCAACUCUCUGCGCCAAGGCCUUGAAGAGCACCUGCAGGUAUUCAAGAGCCUCUUCAGCAACACAGAGGGUCUGACUGGCUCGGAGGCUUCACUGGAUCUGGACAAACUGUCAGCGAUGAUGAAGAGGAAGGACGCUAAGCAGCAGAAGAGGCAGCAAAAGAGGGGCAGCCUUCAGGGAGAGAAAGCCACUCAUCGUAGCAGGAGGGAUGCAUCACUUGAGACAACAGCUAUCCAAUCAGACUAUCCCCUUGCGUUCAUUUCAAGUACCAAGAGUGGCAGCAGUAAGGAUGGUCCGCUGAUCUUUGAGGACACCCUUUUGGACCGUGGCCAAAUGUACUCUGCCACAACCGGAGUGUUCCGUGCACCCGUCAGAGGACUUUACCUCUUUGUCGUGACGCUCGAUUUUGGGCCAGGGGCAUCUUUGGCUCGUCUAAUGAGAGGCGAGGGAGUUGUAGCAGCAAGCCUUCAUCAGAGCCAGCGGAAGCCAGCGGGACCUGCCACACGUGUAUGUCUGCUGCAGCUCGAGCUGGGCGAGCAGCUGUACCUAGAACUAUCCCAGGGAAGUCUGGUGGGCAGCAGCCCACAGGACAAUACUUUCACCGGGCUAUUGCUUUUUCAGACCACCUGAGGGCGCUCUUCAUACUUUACAAAACCGAGGGAAUAUGAUUUACAGAGACAGACAGCUGCUCAUAUGCAUAUUUUUAUUAUUCUGCAAGUCCUUUGUUAUCACGCUAUUUUGGUUGCUUUAUAUUUAUGGUUAGCCAUUUCCAUUGAGCACAUUUAUUGACUGUGUCACAUGGAGCAUAGUAAGACAGGUGGCUGAUGCCUGAUGAGCUGGCCUCUGACUUCUGAUGAGAAUUAGUUGAAGAGGCAGACUGGAAAACUGAGGAAAGACAUUGUCAAAGGCAGUGCACCUCACAUACUGUAUUACUUUCUAAACAGAUAUACAUUAAGAGAUAUUUUUUUAUUAGCCUGGUAUAGCCCAUCCUACUUAACUUUGGAUAAGUUAAUAUUGUAUUUUAAAUCAUAUUUAGGCACUGGGUAAUAUCCCUAAUAGCAUUACCAAGUCAGUCAGAAAUUAUGUUUCCAUUUGUAGAUGUCUUGCUUAUAUUGCAGAGCUUGGCUUAGCCUACUGAGUAGGCUAAUGAUUAGCCUACAUGCAAUAGGCCUAGGCCAUUUUACCUUACAUAGCCUACAGAAGCGUCAAACCUGUUAAAGGUAGGGUAAGCAAUGCUGAAUGACAUUGCGUUUGUUUAUGCUUAUGUUCGUGUUUCUUAGCAGACAUUUUUGUCAAAAGCAACUUCCUUAUAUUUGAGCUGAAGACUAAACAAAAACAGAAGUAGCUCACCUGUCCCUUCAGCACUCCCCGAGAAACUCCACAAAGGGGUUUGUUAUUGUUUGAGGGGCAGGCUGCCCCCACAUUGUUUGGUUCACAUUUUUUUACUGUGUCCUCAGAGAACGGUGAGUUAUCAAAUCAUGAGGAGAUAUUUGCUAAAUGUUUCUAAAUUUGUUACGUGUUAGAAAUUGCUUAAUCGCUUACCGUACCUUUAAACCAAUUGGGGUGAACCAGCUAGCAGGUCAUAACAGACUUCUUACCUUCAUAAAUUGCAAAAGCACUAAGGGGAGUGACCAUGUGGAAGUCACUUUUACAGCUACUGUUAUGUAUGUUUUCAAAUGGUUUCUUUUCUAUGAGAAUCAACCAAGCCAAUGCUUGUAAAGCAAACUGUUGUAUUGUGUGUGUGUGUGUGUGUGUCUGUCCUAAAGUUGCACUCCACAAUUCUAAGCUAAUAUACUUUCUUUUAAACUGAGCUCAUUGCUCCUCAUGGCCUGUCUGUUCAGUGUGUUUUGCACACUCAUGAUGCUAAUAAUGGGAAACAAACAGUUCAAAUUCGCAAACAUAGGCGAACGUUUAUAAAAGAUUUUCUGAUUGCCUUGAGUUUUCCGCAGUUUGAGGAGGUAGUUCAGUGCAAACACAUUGAGAGUUGGACGGAGAGUUACCAUUGAGAUGGAAUGUUUACACAAAAUAGUGACUGUAUGGUUCAUCCAAACAUGUUUGCCGCAAACCUUCGCCUCUGUUCAAGGAACUUGAACGCACCUCUUGACUGAGCCAUGACGAAUUCCAACGAAUUGUGUGUGUGUGUGUGUGUGUGUGUGUGUGUGUGUGUGUGUGUGUGUGUGUGUGUGUGUGUGUGUGUGUGUGUGAGUGAGUGAGUGAGUGAGUGAUGAAUACUUGUCUAGCCAGAAAGGCAGACACAAAAAAUCAUUACCAAAGAGCAAAGGGUAUGUGGUCACUGUAUGACAGGGGAGGUAGAGUCAGAGGUGCACUUCCUUCUAUAUUGUGAUAAGUACACACCCCAAAGGGAUGAAUACUUUGAUAGAUUUGACCAGGCCACCGCAGGCUUCCUCACAUUGGAAGAGCAGGAGAGGCUCACAAUACUCUUGGGAGAGGAUACCGGAACCUGCCAAUUGUCUCCUCACUACACAGUGUUAGACUAGGCAUUACGUAGAUGCAGUUCCACCCCCGGUCUGUGACUUACACCAUCUCUUUUUUUCCUCUUCUGUUUUAUGUGUGUUCAUUUUUUCUCAUAACAAACUAAAAUGUUUAUGUGCGUGCGCGAUUGUGAGUGUGUGUAUGUGUGCAUGUUUUUUUUAGAAUCACAGAUAUUGUUUUAUGAUUGUUAUUUUAUGUUCUGAUGAGUUAAUAUUGUAUGCUUUGGCAACACUUUCUUUUAUGAAUUGUCAUGCCAAUAAUUGCCAAUAAAACUUUUUGAAUUUGAA